AUUAUAAAGCAAGUCAAUUUUGUAUUUUCUUAAGACCACAUCAAGCCACUAAAAAUCAUUUUCAGAGGUUGUUCUUUAGCAUCUAUAGCUCCUCUGAUCUGAUCUGAUCUGAUCUGAUUUAGGAGUCGUUAUUCUCCACCCCCAAGAUCUGCCAAUUUAAAGCCACAAGCUCAUUUGUCACCCCCCACACUCCUCUAUCCUUGAACAGGCAGGGAACAACAGGCAUGGAGGUGGGUCAAAUGCAGAGGAGGUUGGUAGAGUUCACCAAAUCAUUGUUUAUGGAGGGUUUCUUGGACGGUCAGUUUUUGCAGCUCCAACAGCUGCAGGAUGAGAGCAACCCAGAUUUUGUUGUGGAAGUUGUGUCCCUCUUCUUUCAAGAUUCUGAGAAGCUGCUCAAUGAUCUGACCUUGGCUCUAGAGCAGCAAAAUGUGGACUUCAAAAGAGUUGAUGCCCAUGUUCACCAGUUGAAGGGUAGCAGCUCCAGCAUAGGUGCACAGAGAGUUAAAAAUGCCUGCGUUGUGUUCCGCAACUUCUGCGAAGAGCAAAACCUCGAAGGGUGCAUGAGAUGUCUGCAACAAGUGAAGCAAGAGUUCUACCUUGUGAAAAACAAGUUUGAAACCCUGUUCACCCUAGAGCAGCAACUCGUGGCAGCGGGCGGUUCCAUCCCGACGAUGGAAAUCACGAGCUUCUAAGAAUUUAAGCAGAAUAUCAACGUACCCCUGAUAUGCCGUAGAGAAUCCGUCACCCGAUUUUGCGAACUUUCUUGGGACCAUUAAGCUUAUGAAGUAACCAUGUUUCUGUGUGGUCUCCACUGAGAAAGAUGUAUCUCUCUCCUGUGUGUUUGUAGGUUUCCUAAAACAGGAACAAAUUUCUGUGUAGUCUAGCGUUUUUGGCUAUAUAUUUGGUAUUAAAUUCUCUACUUUCUUGA